UUUUUUUUUUUUUAAUUUAAUUUUUUUAAUUUUCUGAUUUUUCUGAUUUUUUAUUUUGUUUUCUUUUUAUGACAAAAACUAACUACAAGCAUUAAUCCUUCCCCCCACACUUAAAUCAUACAUUGUCCUCAAUGUUAAACAAGUUAGAGCAUGCAAUGAACAAUUAUCAUGUGAAUGGAAUGAUUAACUCAAGAAAACCUAAAAACAAAAACUAAAAAUGCAAAUAACAAAGAUACAAUCAGAAAAUAGUAAUAGAGGAGAUAGAGUUUAAGAGAGCAAAUCUGCGUUGAUGGCUCCUCCACAGCUACGGUUCAAAUGGGUUGCCUCCCAUGCAGCGCUUAAUGUUUAAAGUCUUUCAGCCUAGACUUGUACCUCCAUUUACUCCUUUGGAGGAGCGGUAUGCGGGCGAGUGGCAGCCUUCUUGCUGGUUUCAGCCUUCGGAGGAGGGUUCUGAUGGAGUGACAUAAAUAAAAAAAAACGGGGGAGGCAAGGUUCGAAACCUUAACUUGCUGCACGAAACCUUUGUCCCCAACCACUGGAGCACAAGCUGUGCUUAAUAUAAUGUGUACAAAUUUUAUACUUAUUAUGUCAUAAACGAACAUAAUAAAAAUAAACGAGAGGCGAGGUUCGAACCUCAGACCUCUUGUACACGAACUUUACACUCAACCACUCGAGCACGGCUGCUCACGUUAUUAUCCAUACCAAUCCUUUUAUUUAAACCAACUGUUUCAACUGUUUCAACAAUUCGGCACAAAACAUCCAAGACUGUUGCAGAAACCCAGCCCAACUCAUCCAAAACUGUUUCAGAAACUCGGCCCAUCAUGUCCAAAACUGUUUCUGAAACUCGGCCCAUCAGGCCUCCACCCACAGCUACAGUGAUGCCUUGAUCCGAGACAGGCCCAAGUACGGCCCACUUGUGUCACGGCUUAUCCCUUCCGUGAUUUAUGGCAGUCAAAUCUGCUUUCGGCUACAGCUGUCUGCCACAGCGCCUCGAGAUUCCCUCGGUCCCCUUACACGCUCUCCACGCGCCAACAACUUUUCCGGGUUUCAGGGCGACUUUAAUCCAACGCGUAGAAUGAAUCACAGGAAUCGUCCAUCCAACGGUGGAGAUCUGCUCACCUCGCUCUAUAAAUAGGUGCAUUCUGAGGGCGCAACUGUUCACUCCAAAGGAACGAAAAUCUCUCCUGAGUUCCAGCCCCUCUCUCCCAACUCUUCAGCUUUUCCUCUUCUUUCAAAACUCAAAAUAUUUCUUCUUCGAUUCAAUCCUUCUCUUCUGAUCUUCUCUCCCAUCUAGUUGAUUCAAUCUCAUCUUUCCUCUGAACUUUCAGAUCUCCAACACACCAUCAUCAUCCUUAAUCCCUUUAACAACAACUCCUUCAAACACUUGACAACUUUACUCUUCGAUCUUCACAUCCCCUCAACCCAUCACCAUGGAACCACGAACUCUGCAACUGAUGGAGCUACAAACCCAGCAACAAAUCGAGGAUGGAGGAAACAACCAAGCAGCCGGGAGUAGUGCCAACACAGAUUUCUGGCGAAGCCGUGCCAGGUGGGUUCCUACUCCAGAUCAAAUAAGGAUCCUCAAGGAUCUUUACUACGACAAGGGAGUUAAGCGCCCAACUACAGAGCAUAUUCACGAGAUCUGUCUCCAGCUGAACCAGUAUGGACAUGUUGAGGGCAAGAACAUUUAUUUUUGGUUCCAGAAUGUCAGGGCUCGAGAGAAGCAGAUGAAGAGGUGCAAUCAGGCUGCUCAAGUGCCCAUGGGAACUAGUUCUCCUGGUACUGGUGGAUCCAUUGAUCUCAAUUUUGGGCCAGCUGGUUCUACUGGUGCUGGUGGAUCCAUCGACAUCAAUUUUGGGCCAGCUGGUGGAUCCAUUGACAUCAAUUUUGGGUCCACUAGUUCUACUGAUGAUGGUAGAUCCAUUAAUCUCAACUUUGGUUCCACUGAUUCUACUGGAGGACAAACAUCCCUGCAACAACGAGGAGGAGAUCACCAGGAGAUUGAAACCCUUCCAUUGUUCCCCAUGCAUGGUGAGGACAUCUUGGGCAUCAUGAAGACUACUUCCGAGAGAGGUAGCGGUUAUGGCGGUGGCUCUCACAUUUCCCUUGAGCUCAGCCUCAACUCCUACAGAGAUGCAGACAUGGCUUAGUAUAGAGUAUUAUUAUUAUUAUUAUUAUUUUUUUUUUUUUUUUUUUUUUUUUUUUUUUUUUGUAAAUAGCUGAAAUUAAUAAGACUGAAUGAAUGCAUUUUUUUUUUUUUUUUUAUUAUUAUUAUUUUUUUUUAAAUUUUUUUUUUUUUAUUAUUAUUAUUUUUUUUUUUUUGUAAAAAGCUGAAUUUAAUAAGACUGAAUGAAUGCAUUUUAUUUUAUUUUUAUUUUUAUUUUUUUUUAAUUUUUUUUUUAUUAUUAUUAAAAAAUAUAGGACUCAAAAAUAUUUAUAGGACACAAAAUGAAAGACAAAAAUAUUUAUAGGAUUCAAAAUGAAAGACAAAAAUAUAAAUCCCUUCCCCCACACUUAAAUAUUGCAUUAUCCUCAAUGUAAUCAAUUAAAAGCAUGCAAUGAAAUAAGUAAGCAUAUAGGGAUGGAAUUUACGAAAAUAACUACUAAAACAAAAAGAAAAUGGAGGAGUAAAAGGGGAAGAGAAAGCAAAUCUGAUUAUAUUCUGAAUUGGGUUGCCUCCCAAGCAGCGCUUGUAUUUUACGUCUUGCAGCCAGACGGUACCUACA